AUGUUGAGAAUUGUUGCCCUCGUAACUGCGGUGUUGCUGAUUGCCUCUAUAGCUCAAGCUCACCAACUGCCUGAGCAGCCAAAGCUAGGAGCUGGCAUAGAUGUAAAGUGUGUUGAAGAGCACUGCCCUUCACUCUCUGUCAACUGUGUACUGGAUGUGGGAUGCAGGAAAACUCUAGAAUGCGUCGAACAGUGUGCCCUCAAUUGGGACAAGGACCCUUCACCUCAGAAAUUUGCCGCUCAAAACUGCACCAACAAGUGUCAAUUCACAUAUGGACGAGGAAAAGUAUUUCAAGACUUCUUAUUUUGCCUCGCGAGCAACAUGUGCAUUACACUCCCUCCCAUUCCUUCAACCUGCAAAGCAUCAAGCGUCAAACCUAUCAAGCCGCUGUCGAUGAAAGACUUUAGCGGGAAAUGGUGGGUGCAGCGCGGCUAUCAGAAGCUGUACGAUUGCUAUCCUUGCCAAAAUUUUGAUUUUACACUGAAUGGAACAGCUUGGCUAUUCACUCCUCUAUACGAGGUAUACCUUGUCAACAAUAGUCGUUACCUCGUGACCGACCAACAAUUUGUGAUGCCCGAUACAGCGCCAGGAGAAAAGAUUUCUUUCACCUAUCGUGCCCAGGGGCUCGACCAAUCUGAAACGUGGUGGCCAUUGGACAAAGCUGCUGAUGGUUCAUGGAUCAUAAUGUACUACUGUGGGACCACUGCACAGUGGAACUCUGAGGGUGCCCUGGUAAUGUCCAGAAGUAGGACCUUGGAUCCAUCUGCUUACCAGCAAAUCGGAGCAAGUUACAAGCAAGCUGUCGGACUAGACAUCAACGAUUUCUGCUUGACGGAUACUUCAAGCGAUUGCAUGGAUACCUAA